AUAUCAAGCAUUUACAUGAUAAAAAGUUGGUAAAUGAUGAAGCAAGUCAUCUCCUCAUCUGCAUUUUCAAAGAAAUAAGAAACAUGACUAAGUUACAACUUGACAGUAUGGACAUUGACAAAGCCGUACACGUUGCAAUCAAGGAUGGGAUAGUCGAGUUCGUAGAGGAACUUCUAAAUUACAAUCCUGAAUUCAUAUGGAGGAAAGACAAGAAAGGAAGGACCAUCUUUUCACAUGCCAUCAUUUUUCGCCAAGAAAAAAUAUUCAGCCUUUUCUAUAGACUUGGGACUAAGAAAAGCUUAGUAGCAAGUCGACAUGAUGUAUUCCAUAAUAAUUUUUUACAUCUUGCAGCAAAGCUCUCUCCUCCAGCUCAACUUGAGCGUGUAUCAGGAGCUGCCUUACAGAUGCAAAGGGAACUACAAUGGUAUAAGGAGGUGGAAAGCUUAGUACAACCCAAAUUCAGAGAUGAAAUGAAUGAAAGUCACAGGAAGCCUCACACGCUAUUCACAGAUGAACACAAGGAUCUAGCAAAAGAAGGAGAAAAAUGGAUGAAGAACACCGCAGGAUCAAGUAUGAUUGUGGGAACUCUUAUUGCUGCAGUCAUGUUUACAACCGCCUUCACUAUACCUGGUGGGAAUGACCAGGUUUCCGGUCGACCCAUAAUGUUGCACACCGACAGUAAGGCUUUCAUGGUCUUUAUGGUAUCAAAUGGACUUUCUCUCUUUGCGUCAUCCACUUCAGUUUUAAUGUUCUUAGGAAUUCUCACUGCACGAUAUGCAGAAGAUGAUUUUCGGGUUUCCUUGCCUACCAAACUCAUCUUUGGAAUAGCAUGCCUUUUCUUCUCAAUAGUUACCAUGAUGAUUUCUUUUGCUGCUGCAAUGUAUCUUAUGCUCCAUAAGACUUUAUCAUGGGUGACCAUACCGCUUAUCAUUCUCUCUGCUUUUCCCGUAGUUCUCUUCUCUGCACUUCAGUUCCCUCUCCUGAUCGAAAUGGUUAGUCGUACAUAUUGGCCCAGUAUAUUUGACAAACAUAAUAAACAUAUAUAACUUCUCAGCUCCUGCAAGAAUCAUGUCCACUGCCUUCUUUAACUACUGUCAUAAUGAUGUCCAAACCUAUAACAGUAUGGUCUUAAGUCUGAGUGAGUUUAUCAUUCUAAUUCCAUAUUGGUAUAUUCAAUAAGAUAAA